CCCCUCCUCUUCCUUAAUUUUCUUCUCUCAGUCACAGAGAGAGAGAGAGAGCGGGAGAGAGGAGGAGGCCAUACCAACCAUAGCUAUGACUUCAGAAUUGUUCUACAGAGGGCAAGAAGAAACCCAUCAUGUAAUUGACGCCUACACCCCCAAACCACCCAAGCCAUGGCAAAACGUGAUUCGGCCGGUACGUUACAUGCUCAAGGAACAGCGCCUCGUCUUCCUUUUUGCAGGCAUUGCUAUCGCUUCUCUUAUCUUCGCUCUGUUACCCUCCUCCUCCUCACGUGGCAGUUACAGUUACGUAAACAAGGCGAUCUAUGACUCGCAUUUGCCGACCGAGUCUCAUCACCAUCGGAUCAUGUACCAGAACCGUAUCCCAUUGGGGCUGCAGCGUAAGGGAUUGAGGAUCCUGGUUACUGGUGGGGCCGGCUUUGUGGGCAGCCAUCUCGUCGACCGUUUGAUCGCCAGAGGUGACAGCGUCAUCGUCGCUGAUAAUUUCUUCACGGGGCAGAAAGAGAAUGUGAUGCACCAUUUUGGCAACCCCAGGUUCGAGCUCAUAAGACACGAUGUGGUCGAGCCCUUGUUGGUCGAGGUUGACCAGAUCUACCACCUUGCUUGCCCUGCCUCUCCUGUUCACUAUAAGCACAACCCCGUCAAGACCAUUAAGACUAAUGUGGUGGGGACUCUGAACAUGCUUGGAUUGGCCAAGAGAGUCGGUGCCAGGUUUUUGCUGACCAGCACCAGCGAGGUGUACGGUGAUCCUUUGGAGCAUCCACAAAAGGAGACUUACUGGGGCAACGUCAAUCCCAUUGGGGUGAGAAGUUGUUAUGAUGAGGGGAAGCGUACGGCUGAAACGUUGGCCAUGGACUACCACAGAGGUGCUGGCGUUGAGGUGAGGAUUGCUAGGAUCUUCAACACCUAUGGACCUCGUAUGUGCAUUGAUGAUGGUCGUGUUGUUAGCAACUUUGUUGCUCAGGCCUUGAGGAAGGAGCCUUUGACAGUUUAUGGCGAUGGAAAGCAAACAAGAAGUUUCCAAUUUGUUUCAGACUUGGUUGAGGGCCUAAUGCGCUUGAUGGAAGGAGAACACGUGGGACCUUUCAACCUAGGAAACCCUGGUGAAUUCACAAUGCUUGAACUUGCAAGCGUGGUCCAGGAAACCAUUGAUCGAAACGCUCAGAUUGAGUUCAGACCCAACACUGCAGAUGAUCCACAUAAGAGGAAGCCUGAUAUUUCAAAGGCUAAAGAGUUGCUUGGUUGGGAACCAAAGGUGCCUCUUAGGAAAGGUCUACCUAUGAUGGUACAAGACUUUAGGCAACGUAUAUUUGGUGACCACAAAGAAGAUAGCUCAUCUGUCUCCUCCGCAUAAUAAGGUCUUUGGACAUUAUUUUUUGUCAGAGACGAAAUGCAGUGCAGUAGAAGAUGACCCUGUUGUUUAUGUUCUUUCAGUACAGCAAAAUGUCCUUGGCAGAAGCCAGAGCUUUUGGUUCUUUGCAUAGUUUAAUAGAUCAUAUAUGUCUGUCAAUUUUGUAUUUGGAUAUAUUCCACUUUAACAAUUUUGUUGUGGACAUGAACCUCUAUAUUGUGAAAAUAAAUAGCUGAAACAAUUUUAUCAUCCAA